AUUAUUUAUACCCACAACACUCUCUUCAUCACUACCGAAAAAAAAUUCAGUGUCUCUCUUUCUCUCAGCAAUUCAGAAAAAAACUCCUGCUACAAUGGCGAAGCUUGUGAUGCUGUUCGCUCUGUGCGUGCUGCCGGCUCUGGCCGUCGCCACCCGUCCGAUGAGGACUCCGUUCACCGUCGAAGGAAAGGUCUACUGCGACGCUUGCCGUUUCGGUUACGAGUCCUCCGCCACCACCUACAUUGCCGGUGCUAAGGUUAGAGUGGAAUGCAAGGACAAGCUGACCAUGGCACUCAGGUACAGCAAAGAAGGGACAACUGACUCGACCGGAACCUACAGGAUUACUGUUGCAGAGGACCAUGAGGACCAGAUCUGUGAUUCUAUCCUUGUGAGCAGCCCUCAGAAGAGCUGUUCAGAAGCUACCCCAGGGCGUGACCGUGCUCGUGUCAUCCUCACCGGCUACAAUGGCAUUGCAUCAUACAACCGUUUGGCCAAUGCUAUGGGGUUCAUGAGGACUGAGGCCGUGUCUGGUUGUUCCCAGAUUCUCAAGCAGAUGCAGGAGUUGGAUGUGUAGAUGUGGUUUGAGUUCCUAGAGUAUGCAUCUAGUUUUAAAAACUUUGUUGGCUAUAUUCUCCUAAUGUUUGGUAUUAUUUGUUGGUUUGUUAUCUCGACACCUAAAGAUUCUUCAUUUAAUUGCUAAUGUACUCUCCAUGAUAUAUAUAUUUGUAUGGUCUCGUUUGAUCCGGAAAUAAUAGGUUUUGUUAAUGAUAAUUGAAAUGUGUUU